UGUUAUCAUUUUCGUCGCCUUGUCGGAACGCCCGCCACACCUCACGUCCGUACAUCGGACGAAAAUGUUCGAUAAUUAUUGACUAAUGUUGUUCGAUUUAUCUUUUGGCGCCGUCAUCGGAACAAUUUAAUCGCGGCGUUCGUGCAGGUGUCAAAUAAAAUCACCGGUAGUAGCUGCAGUUACGGCCGAUUGCCUAGCUGGUCGGCGUCAUCUCCAGACCGGACACGAGCACGCACGCACGCACGCACGCACCACUUCGAUCAAAAGAAGACAGUCCAGUUUGACCGGACUUGAUAACUUCACGAAUGAAAUCCCGUCGUUGUUUUUUGUAAAAUAAACGCUAAAGUGUGCGCAUCAGUCUGUAUACAUCUCGUCGGCGGAUUUUGUUCUCUUUUCAAAGGACUAUAACGCUCUUACCGCCGCAAUGGACAGUCGCGGCCGGAAAGUCAUUGUCUGCGACAACGGGACAGGGUUUGUGAAAUGCGGCUAUGCUGGCACUAAUUUCCCCGCUCAUAUAUUUCCAUCAAUGGUUGGUCGACCAAUCAUUCGAGCACACAACAAAAUUGGUGAUAUUGAAGUUAAAGAUUUGAUGAUUGGUGAUGAAGCUAGUCAGUUACGAUCUAUGUUAGAUGUUACAUAUCCAAUGGAAAAUGGAAUAGUGAGAAAUUGGGACGAUAUGUGCCAUGUUUGGGAUUAUACUUUUGGACCAAAAAAGAUGAAUAUUGAUCCAAAGGAAUGUAAAAUUAUGUUAACAGAACCUCCAAUGAAUCCAAUCAAAAAUAGAGAAAAAAUGAUAGAAGUGAUGUUUGAAAAGUAUGAAUUUAAUGCUGUUUAUGUAGCUGUUCAAGCUAUUCUAACAUUAUAUGCUCAAGGUUUGCUUAGUGGAGUAGUUGUUGAUUCUGGUGACGGUGUUACUCACAUUUGCCCUGUAUAUGAAGAGUAUGUUUUACCACAUUUAACUCGAAGACUAGAUAUCGCAGGUCGUGAUGUCACUCGUUAUUUAAUAAAGUUGUUAUUAUUAAGAGGAUAUGCUUUCAAUCAUUCUGCCGAUUUUGAAACUGUAAGAAUGAUGAAAGAAAAGUUAUGUUAUGUUGCAUACAACAUUGAGACUGAACAAAAAUUAGCUUUGGAAACUACUGUUCUUGUACAGUCAUACACAUUACCAGAUGGUCGUGUUAUCAAAGUUGGUGGUGAAAGGUUUGAAGCACCUGAAGUAUUAUUCCAGCCACAUUUAAUAAAUGUUGAAGGCCAAGGUAUUGCAGAACUAGUGUUCAACACAAUCCAAACUGCUGAUAUUGAUAUGAGAACUGAAUUAUACAAACAUAUUGUGCUCUCUGGUGGUUCAACAAUGUAUCCUGGACUACCGUCAAGACUGGAACGUGAAAUUAAACAACUUUAUGUGGAACGAGUGUUGAAAAAUGAUACUACUACUUUAUCAAAACUUAAAAUCCGUAUUGAAGAUCCGCCAUUGCGUAAAGACAUGGUGUUUAUUGGUGGAGCUGUAUUAGGUGAAGUAACAAAGGAUAGAGAAUCGUUUUGGUUAUCACGCGAAGAGUACCAGGACAGAGGAAUAUCUAUUUUGGAUAAGCUUGGGCCAAGAGCUGGAUAAACUAUUAUCUCAAUUUAACUGAAUAUAAAAUAUAAGCAAUACAUUUUUUUUUAAACGAAACCCAUAUUUAUUACUUAUAAAAACAAUAAACAAUGCGCUCGUAAAAUUAAACAUUGACUCAAAAUUGACACGCCUAAUAAAAAUUACAUGAUUACAUCUGUUCAUAAAUGUAUAGCUUAGAACAAAUAAGCUAAAUAUCUAUUCUAUAAAAUACAUACUUCCAAUUUAAAAUAUGCUUUAUGAAAUGUAUAAGAAAUAUAAAUUUCUUUUAUUCUUUUCUUUGAGUUUUAUGUUUUUACAUGGGCGCAUUAUAAUAUAUUAUUGUUAUAUUGUUUAUAUUUUUUAAUUAAUAUUAUUUUUACGUACCAGCGAAGCCACUUUAUGUUUAAGUUAAAUAUUAACAGGAAUAGAAGUUCUAUUUAUACUAAUUUAUAGUGUAUAAUUCAAUAUAAUUGGAACACCAAAUACCAAUAUACGUUUUUUCUACAAUACAUCAUGUUAUUUGUUUGCUUUUUUUAAAAAAGUAAUUUUUAUAUUUUACCUUUAAAUUCAUUGUGUCAACUAAUAUAAUAAGAAUUUUAUUGUAUUAGGUAUGUAAUUCCAUGCAAUAUUUAUAUUUUUCAACUAAGAAAAUAUAAUAUAAGUGAUAACGUGUUUGAAUUGUUAUAGUUUAAAAUUACAAUAAGAUUAACUUUAAAAAAAGACAAAAUAAAAUACCUGCAAAGCUGUACAGUGGCAAAUCAUGUAGAGAGUAAUUUGACAAUGUCUACCAAUGUCUUAAAAACAUUAUUCUUAAAUGAUUUUAUGUUGAUUUAGUAGGGUUUGUUACAUAUUUUGUAAUUUCCAUAAGAUAAAUAACAAUAAAAUAAUUUCUACUUGAA